UCGGUGUCCGUGGAGGUCCAGAUGCAGAGGCAGAGACAGGAGGAGAGAGACUCGUUCGCCCAGGCGCAGAGACAGUACAGCUCCCUGCCACGGCAACCCAGGAAGAACCCCAGCACCGUCUCCCAGGACUCGUGGGACAAAGCCUACCCUCCUGGCGAAGUCUUCCAGACGGCAAAGGACAACCCACGGUACUCGAGCUACCAGGGAUCCAGGAACGGCUACCCUGGGGGGGGUGGCGUCAACGCACGCGUCCUUCUGGAGGCCCAGGAGCUCCUGAGGCAGGAACAGAGGCGGCGAGAGCAGGAAGCCAAAGGGAAGUUAAUGCAGGAGAGCAUCGUUAGCAGCAGCUAUGAAGGAUACCCCUCAGCACACCUGAAGGACCCAGCCUCCCCCAAGGGCCCGUACCGCCAUGAUGUGCCGCCCUCACCUUCGCAGUUAGCAAGGCUUAAUAGAAUCGGUUCAGAAAAAGGAAGGCUUUUUUAUUCUUGAGGAGUAUUCUUGGACUAAUGGACGAAAUGCUGAUCAGAGAACUUGCUACAGGAGCUAAGGGGAUUACCUUGAAGGAACAGCAGCUACAAAAAGGGACAACCUAGAGGUCUUAUAGCCUAGCGAUGAUCUUAGAGGUAAACAGAUGUGUGCUCAGUAUGUGGGUGUUCGUGUUAAAUCCCUCACUGUGCCGAUGACCUAAACCCGUCAGUCAGUCAGUCAGCCUCCUACAGACGCUCAGUGCCUUCUCUGCAUUCACAAACACAAUGCAUGUUCACAUUUGUCCAGGACUCUGAUUCAUCGAGGUCUGGCAGCACCGUGUUCUGACAAUCAAAUGGGCAGACAGGCGAGGGAGUGGGCGUUCUUCUGAGCCCAUGGCGAGGCGUUACCUUCUGUGGGUUUAUGUGUGGGCAUGUGACAACUUACAUGUUUCACCAUCAAGAACGUGCGUCGUGGCUUUUCAAAGCGUCCCGUGGACGACUCGUCCCGUCGGUCACAAAUCACGUUCCAUUCAUUUCUUUUAACGCUCAACCCGCACCGAUACUUGUCCUCCGCAUUCUGUUUGCUCGACUCCUCAGCGAUCGAGCAUCUCUCACUCGAGUGCUCCCCGGGGAGAAGAGGAAACAAGGCAAAGUGUAUGAAAAAAGGAGGGCACAGUAUGUGUGUGUGUGUUAUUAAUAAAAAGCCCCCCUCAUAAAUGAUUCAUACCGUGUGUUAUCUCCGUGGAGGAGACCCAGGCUGAGGGUAGACAGCUCUGAUCCUCUGCCUGGCCCCCCUGCUCCGCUCUGGGCUUGCUUGCUGGCCCGCCUGCCUCUCUGUCUGGAUCUCUGGCUUGCUUUCCUCCUCUUGUCGCCUUUCGGUUUGUUACCUUUCUUUCUUCUACCACCUCAACACCCCCACCUUUAUCCUCCUCUCCUCUUUCGCUCAUUCCCCACCUUCCUCUCAUAUCACCCGUCCCCUCCCCCUCCCUCCCACCACCCUCCUCCUCCUCCUCCCCCCUCCUCCCCACGUCUCCCGAGUCAGGCUCUGCACUGAAUUUUUCAUCACAAGCCACCUGCUGCCUGCCAGAGCCAGCGAGCGCUGCCACCAGAGGAACCGACAGAGGGCCCGGCUUCUGACAUAAAGGGAGGAAUAAAAGCAGCAGCAAAAAAAAGAAAUCCAGAAUAAAGAUGGGUAGCGAGACAAUAAGCCUGCCAGUGUGAGAUUAGCUGGAGCUUAUCUCCUGUUUUUUAACAAAAGGGUAGUGAAAUUGUCCUCAGGAGUUAAUUGCGUUCAAUUGCUGUAAUUGCUUUCUGUAUUUUUACCUUUUUAAGCAUUUAGCCGACACUCUUCUCCCAAAAAUUACUAGAACUGCUUUCUUCCAGACAUUUUAAAAGAAAGAAAGAGAGGCAAUAAAGAUUAGAAUCCUACCUAUGUUUUUUUUCGCCGCGUGUCAACCUAAAACCGAGGUUUAGUAACUUAAUCGAAGGGCUAAUUAGCCCGCCAGAACAUUGCUAGCAGUCACAAUAGCUCUCUGAAUUGGCUAGCUUGCUAACUGUCAGUCAGCGGUCAGUUACCUUUGUCACUGACAGCACAGUAGGCUCUCACUGCUAAAUAAGUAUUUGGAUGCAUCAACUUCUGUGUAGUUAUCAUUCCUAUUUUGUGGAGCAGUUGAUGCUACAGAGAGUUGUACAAAAAUCACAGCCAGGUAGCAUAAUUAGCUUCCUCCUUUUAAAAAGAAUUGCGUGGUAAUAGCUCAACCUGCGGUGCCAAAGUUUCACACAGAUUUAAUUGCCUGGAAGAUUUGAUAAAUGCUGUCUUGACUGGGCCUAAAACAGGACACUUCUAAGAGACAAUGCUAUGUUUGGAAUCUGCUUUAUGCUAUGAGGACCACAAAUGAAAUGUUAACUAACCUCCACUUUAAUAGGGUCGAGACAAUCUAAAAAAAAAAUUGAAAAACGAUCUGAAUUUCUGUUCUUUGGGUUAAACCAGUUACUUUUUAAUUCUGAUUCACGCUAGCCCACUGUGUGCUGUAGUUUGAAUUCAGAAAAAAAAAACAUGGGAAUUGAUGACACACGCUUUAAAAUCCCUGCCACCAUCCCACCACUUUAAUUGUUGCAGUAGGUGGCAACCGAUUCUCUGAGUCUGAACCUUCCCCGCAUUGAAGUCCCUAAUGUUUGUGACAUUAUUCUCUCUGCCUGUGAGCAGACAAAUGAGAUCGAGCUGAGGUGAAACUUAAAACAAAAGGGAAAUACAAAACAAAAAAAAGACGGCCAUCAUCAAGCUGUGGGAAACAAACAGGCGGUGUCUAAUUGCCCUUCACUCCUACACUCCCUAUGCAGAGCGAAGCCGCAUGACAUGCAUUAUCUCCUAUUGGUUAAUGAAGCCCCUUGCUGGGAAAGCUACAGGGCUGAGUAGGGGUACUAAAUGAAAGUAAGAAGAUGAAGAACAAAUUACCUUAAUGGCAUUUUCCGGUGUUUAAACCUGUAUUUUAACCCGAGGAAAGUUAUAAGCUAAACUAACAAAUCCUUUCUGCAUAUGUAUGUUUUUAGGUAAGAUGACACGAACGCAAUAUGGGGCUGAUGAAAACUGUAACCAAAUAAUAAAAGCAGUGUAGUUGAGGGUAAAACAUAUCUCCACUCAGAAAAAGUGCUGUGAACACUCGGGGCGUCUCGAUGGCAGAAGCACCUUUCGAAGGAUUUUUUGCUCAAAACGUCACAAACCACGGGGCGUGAUAUCGAUAAGUGCCUGAUAUAUAUCACGAUAUUUUACACAAAGAGGGACACGAUGUGAUUUGUUUGUCAGUGACACUACAGUGUGAUUUUUAGACAUUUUUAAUAUCAUAUGAUAAUGUGUCAUUCGAUGGGGUACUCCUUCCUGAAGCUUUUUUUUUUAUUUUAUGUACGAGAGCCAACACUUUAGGAGCGGUUAUCAGUGUAUUUGUAUCCCGUUUGACAUUGCCUUCAACCAUGCUGUAACAUGACGUGUUUUAAAGUAUAAAAAGAAAAUGGACGCUGAUGAUGUGCAAUUGUUUUUGCGAACUUUUACAUGAUAUAUUAUGAAAUGUAUGCAGCCACUUUUUUCCUGUACAUAUCAAAUUUAGAAUAAAACGGAAGGCUGUUCCAUCCUGUUUA